UGCAGAGCCUGAGCCCCUAAACCCGGUUUUAGUCGGGAAUGUGCAGUGCCUGCGCCCCUAAACCCGGUUUUAGUACAGAAUGUGCAGUGCCUGAGCCCCUAGACCCGGUUUUAGUACAGAAUGCGCAGUGCCUGAGCCCCUAAACCCGGUUUUAGUCGGGAAUGUGCAGAGCCUGAGCCCCUAAACCCGGUUUUAGUACAGAAUGUGCAGUGCCUGAGCCCCUAGACCCGGUUUUAGCGCGUGGAUGGACGGGAGGGUCCCCAGGCGGGCGCAGGGCUCGGUUUCGGUUCCCAUCCCGGAGCUGCCAGGCCGGGCCUGGCGCGGCCCCAACAAAAGCCGCUGUGCCCUGGCUGACUUUAUUCGGGCUCCUCAUUAGCAUGGUGAUCUAAUUAGCUGAAAGCCCCAAUUAAAGCCAAACGCGAGCGGGUUUUUCUCCGGCAGCUUUCAGCGUGCCGGGAAAGGCCGAGGCGCUUUGGGGGGAGAAGUUCCCAAAUGAAUCAAAGAGCACCCGAGCGUCCCUUUGUGCCUCGCUCACACCUCCCCAUCCCCAUCCCCUCUUUUCUUCUCCUCACACCGAGCCGGCAUCGGGGGGAAAACCUUUUAAAGUCAGAACUUGUGCCUGAACCCGGCUCCUCUCGCAUAACUCGGGGCCCUUUUUAGCACUUAAAAAACACUCGCGGGUCACCGCGAUCCUUCUCCCCCCCCUUCCCGGCAGCUCCCCGCACCCCGCUCUCUUUUAAAGUCUUUGAGGAGAAGGUUUUGACGCGGCCGUGUUGUUAUCAGAUUGAUGGGCCGGGUUUGAUUGAAGCCCCUUUGUCAUGCAAAUGUCACGCCCGUGAUGGAUGAGCCCGGAGCCGGCCGCAAACUUCGGGAGCCCCGCGCUCAUUGGGCUGGGCCCGCUCCGCCCGCGGGGUCCCCCCCGGCUCGGCCGCGGUUCCGCGGGGUCCCCCAUGCCCGCCAGGAAGUUUCCCAGCUUUGACAUACUACCCAAAGGUUGUAGGGCAGGCGGCAUCGCCCCCAAAACGGGCUGACCCUCCUCCAUCACUGGCAGAUGGACAAUACCGCCAUGAACUCCUUCUUGGAGUUCGCAAUUUGUAACCGCGGCACCGCCGCCUUCCCGCACCACCCCGAGCCGGCCUCCCCUUCCUUCCCGCCGUGCUCAGGUAGCCCCGCUCCGAGCUCCGAUGGCCCCUUCGGCCCGCCGGCCCCCGCGCCCGCCGCCGGCCAUAUCCCCCAGCACGGCUUCCACCCUCCCUCCUCCUCCUCCUCCUCCUCGUCUUCCUCCCGCUUCGCCAGCCCGCCUUACCCUGCCCAGCCGGGCUACCAGCAGCUCUACCUGGGCCAGCAGGACGCGGACGGGCUCUUCUUCCAGGCGGCCUCGGGCUACGCCUCGGGCUCGCUGGCCGAGGGCUACUGCGGGCCCGCGGGGCACUUCCAGCCCGCGCUGGGCCCCGAGCAGCCGCUGGCCGCGGGCCCCGGCUACCUGCCCGGCCUCUACGGAGACCUGUCGGCCGCGCUGCUGGAGGAGCCGGAGCCUCCGGGGCACCCCGAGCCGGGCCCGAGGGCCGGGGCAGCGCAGACCUUCGAGUGGAUGAGGGUGAAGAGGAACCCCCCCAAAACAGGCAAAACGUCGGAGCUGGGGCUCCUGGGGCAGCCCAACGCCAUCCGCACCAACUUCAGCACCAAGCAGCUGACGGAGCUGGAGAAGGAGUUCCACUUCAACAAGUACCUGACGCGGGCCCGCAGGGUGGAGAUCGCCGCCACCCUGGAGCUCAACGAGACGCAGGUGAAGAUCUGGUUCCAGAACAGGAGGAUGAAGCAGAAGAAGAGGGAGAAGGAAGGGCUGGCCCCGGCCGCUGCCUGCAGGGCGGCCAAGGAGGCGGCCGAGGGCUCGGACCAGUCCUCACCUGAGGCCUCGCCCAGCUCCAGCUCCUCCUGAGAGCUCCGAGCGCCGCCGGGGGUGUCCCCGAGCCCCCGCAGGACCCUCCGGGCUGUCCCCAG